AUGUGGUUCUUCAAAACCAAUGCUUAUGAACGAAUAGAUAGUGAUACUGCCUGCAAAAGGAAAGAGGAGCAGCAAAACCAUCCCGAUCAGCAGCCUGCUCCCAAGAAGCCACGGCUAGUUUUCACGGAUUUGCAGCGUCGUACACUGCAAGCUAUUUUUAAGGAGACGAAGCGGCCCAGCAAGGAGAUGCAGGUGACGAUCGCGCGGCAGCUGGGCCUCGAGCCGUCGACGGUGGGCAACUUCUUCAUGAACGCUCGUCGCCGCUCCAUGGACAAGUGGAAGGACGACAACGAGGGCUCCAACAAGAUGUGCGGGCUGUCGUCGCCGAACAGCACGGUGGUGCACAUGGCGCAGGUGCCGCAGAUGAACCAGACCAACUCGAUGGUGGGCCACUGCCUCGACGACCACGACUUGUGACAGGCCACCCCGCAGCCCCUGGU